AUGGCACUUUCACCAAAAGCAGAGGACCUGCAGCCAACUCGCUCACCGUUUCUGGUGGUGGAGGUAUGGUACAUGAUCACUGAUAUCCUUUGUGACGCCGAGAACGAAGAGCAGGAUGAGGGCAGGACGAGGGCCAAGUGUUCCUCGCCGCUCCGCGAUCUAAUCAGCCUAAGUAGCACAUGUACAUGGCUUCGCACUAUACUGGUUCCGCGUAUAUUUGCGGUUAUAUAUCUAAGAAACACGACCAAGAGCGCCCUGUCAAUAAAGGCUAUCGCCGAUAGCAACUUCUCGGGGUUCGUCAAAGAGGUGCAAUACGUCGCCAGCUAUGUCUAUCCGCCAGAGGUCGACACGGUUCUUUCCAGUCUCGCCUCUUUCAAGAACCUUCGAACUAUUAGCGUCGAGUUUCCCUCGACGAUGACGAGCUAG